AAACCGUAGAUUUAGCCUACUCAAGAAUCUCUAUAUGGGUUAGCGCGAUGUCCAUGCAUUUGUGGAAAUUAAUCAGCGUGGUCAUUUAGUAUAAAAAGGAAAUCAGCGACCGUUGCAAAAUAUGUUCACCGUAUGAAACCAUCAAGGUGUUAUAAUUGGACGUUGUGUGGUAGAAAUACCAUUAAGUAUCUCGCCUAGGCCCCAAAAACCCUAAAUCUACUGCCCCAGUGACGAACCGCACGCGAUGUAAUAUUGUGAAGUAAUAAACUUCAUCGCUAUUACCUAACUCUUAUUUAUUUUUCUUUCCUGCGCCUUACACUCUCUUCUUCCAAACAAAAAAAAAAAACACGAGCUGCAAAAACAAGCACUAAGUUAAGCGAUGGGAAAAAGCGUAUGAUCGAAGCUCGCGCGUUGCGAUAGAAAGUGAAAACAAAACCCCUGCACCGCGGGAGCCAUUUUCCUCCGCCACAAACCGCAUCUAUUUGUCAUUUGUACGGCUGUUAAAGUUAAAGCACCUUAGCAUGGCGGCCGUGUAGUGAAGUGAUCUAGCUGCAGCGAAGCAAAAUAGCAAGAAAUGCCGGUUUGUAGCGCGGGUAGAGUGAAAGAGCAACUGAAUCUCGCGUGGAGUGUGGGAAAAGUGGGCGCAACGACUGAAAGAAAGUGAAAAGAGAUGUGAUAUUUAGUGAAGAGCGGGAGUGAGCGAAGUAGGCUGGCUGUAAAUGCAAUCGUUUGCUGUACUUAUGCAAAAUAUUUGUGUUGCACAUUAGAGUGUGACCGGAGAAUUGGUGCAUGAAGAGUAUUGCGUAAAAGUGUACUAUCAGAAAAAAACGAUUUCGGCGAUUAUGAACUCAAGGAUGAGACGCGACCGAGUAAUUCCAACCAACUGAGCUCCACGGAUACGCCGAACGCGACAUUUGUAAAACCACCAAUAACAAUAACAACAACAACCUAAGCUAAGAAGUUGAUUAAAUAAUAAGCUUACUUUUGUGGUGUGACAGUGAAGUAACCAAUCGAGCCGGCUUGCGUUGUGUGGGGGAGAGACAGAGAGCCAGAGCGGAUCUCAGAGCUGUUGGAAAAAUACUUCAGAGUAGCAUAAAUCGGUCGAAGUGAGAUCAGGAAGAAGCAUCGGUUGUGGAAAACUCCACCCAACCUGAUCAAGCGGUUUAGUCCGCCGCAGUAAAACUGUUUCCACCAGCGUGACGAGCGACCUUCCCUUACGAUGAAGGGUUGGUUCGAUGCCUUUCGAGACGAUGGAGCGCCCACGCUGUACUCGUUUUCGAACCGAACCCCCGUCACCGGCGAUGUUUCGAUUGUGGCCGUUUGCGUCAUGUUUGCCACUAUCUAUUUGGCAUUUCUGGUCAUCUUCCCCGGUGUGCGAAAACAGAGAUUCACAACUUUUACGUCAGUUACGCUUAGUUUAUUCGUAGGACUAGUCAUUUUAGUUACACGCCUUGGUUCAGCCUGGCACGUGGCCCAUUCGACCAUCGUCGCCCCCUACAAAGCAUUCUCCCGAGAGAAACUGCCUGCCAAACUCGGAGCUCACAUCGGAUUGAUGCAUAUAAAUAUAACACUGGUGGCGCUUCCGGUCGGAAACUGGACACCUCCGGAUAUCGACUUCAACGAACAGUUCAGCUGGAAUCAAGCAAAUGACAUGGGGAAUUCCUAUCGCAACGCACUUCAGCGUGGUUUGCCAUAUCCCAUUCUGACCGUGGCAGAGUAUUUCAGUCUGGGACAGGAAGGGUUCGCCUGGGGUGGCCAAUAUCGGGCAGCCGGUUAUUACGCCAGUAUCCUACUGUGGGCUUCGUUCGCGUCAUGGCUACUGAUGAAUCUACUCCUGGUGGCCGUUCCCCGUUACGGGGCCUACACGAUGACACUGACGGGGAUCCUGCUGAUCGGGGCUAGCAUCGGUUACAGCAUGAUGCUACCGAAGCGACCAUUGACUAUCUACAUCGAGGGAGGCCACAUCAGUUUCCAGCUGGGUUGGUGCUUCUGGCUUGUACUGGUCGCAGGCGUCUUGUGUUUAACGAUAGGACUGGUAAUAUCCGUCAUCGAUUUGGUUUGGCCUCAUCGCUUCUCAACGAUUCUAGAAGUGUAUUACGAUACUCCCUACGACAGACACGUGAUAUUGGAAGAAUCUCACGAUGUCCGAUAUCGAAAACGUAAUAGCAAAGGUCUAGAAGAUCCACCGGGCUUGGGAUCAAGAAUUUUACGCCGCUUAUCGUCGAAAACACGGGACCAGUCCAAUGACAAGACUGGCAUCGAAAACCGUGGCUUCCAGCACGAUGUACCCAAAUCUCCUUGGCGUUAUCCGUUCCGGCGUCUACAGCAGACUCCGCCGCAAGGAAUUCAGCGAACGAUUUCGCAGGAUUCAAAUUCCAGCAUCGCAUCCGCAGCGGCCAUGUCCCCAUCACUGCACAAAGUUGCACUCUCCAGAAUGCUACCGAAACCGCCACUAGAACGUACUCGUGAAAUUUCAAAUUGGUAGGACAAAGAAGAGUAUCUAAUCAAUCGACUCCUAAUGGGACGUUAAUCUUAAUACACGAACUAAUAAGAAAAGAUAACAUGCAGUUGCACAACUUUACGUGAUGAAUCUCUUGUGAUAUUAAAUCGUAAAAGCAGAAUUGAUGAAUGAGAAUAAUUUAAACGAGAGGAAACAAACGCGGAUAUAACGAACCAUAUUCAACGACUUAUCUUAUAAUUAGAGCAACAAUUUUAUUUAGUUAUCAGACAUUGAUUAAGACUACUGUAAAUGGCUUCGUAUGGAGCAGAUUUUAACUAGGACUGUAGUAGUAUUCUAUGAAUUAUUUUUCAGAAUUCCAAUUGGCCAAUAUACUUGUGCAUGCCUAAAUGGAUUUAACAGUUAUCAUACAAUACAGCGAUAAAGACUACCGUGUAACGUCUUCUUUUAAACUAUUUAUUGUUAAAGUCAGUGUGCAGGGAACAUUUAGGAAAACAUUUUAGAAACAAACCCAGUGACGUGAAUGUAUUCCUUGCAGCAUUUAGUAUUAUGGUAAUUAUGUAUAAAAAAAGAAAGCAAUCCAAGAAUGGGCAGAAGGAAUAAAGUUUAAAUUUGAUUGUCCGGUCAUUUGUUAGAGCGUAAA